CCAUCUCCCAAGCAUUCAAUUCCUCGUCGCCGGUUACGUCCGCCAAACUACUCGUUGAUUUCUUUAGCAUCCUCGACUUGCCGUUUUCCUUCUUCAUCUUCUUAAUUCACAGAUUUAAUUUGAUCAAUCCAUUCGAGCCGCCACCAUGCUGAGCAAGCGAAGCGGCGCCGCGGCUAGCAGCCUCAUAAGCCGGUGCUUGAAGGCGCCGGCGCGCGUGCUGCACCGGGUGUGCGACCUCUACGUGAGCGGCAUCACCAGCUGCGGUACCAAGAUGAGCUACGGCGGCGCGGUCGGAUUAGGCCAGCAGGCCGCGUCCAUGCUUCCCCGGAGCUUCAGCGUCCAGUCCGGGAGGUCCAGCGUCUCCGGCGACGAGGACUUCCGUGACCUCGUCAUGGCUGCAAAGGGGACGUCGUCGGUGCCGCCGCCGCCGCCGCAGCCGGCGGUGGUUCCGAGGAGCCGGACCGUGGCGAUUGGGAGGAUCGACGAGGAUAAGCCGUGCGUGUUCGAGGAAGACCUAGUGCGUGGUUCCGAUUAUCUGUUCCCGAGGAGCCGGAGUUACGCGGUGACGGCGGCGGCCAAGGGGAGGCGAAUUGGGUCGUUUGUCUGAUCGUCCACGUCGAAUUGUGUUCCUUGAAGUGUAUUCUUUUGUUUAUGGAUUAUUUGUGCACAGAGUGGUGGCUGUGGUGUAUGAAUUGAGCACAAUUAAGUGUUUGUUGAAUUUAUAAAAACAAAGAACAAAAAAUUAUACA